AUGCCUGUACUGCUACAGUACCCGCUGCAAGCAAAAAGUGGAAAAAAUGCCCAGAACAAAAAAAAUAUCAAGACGUGCAAGAUGAACUUGAGCUUGAAGAAGGCAAGCCCAGCCACCCAACAGCAGCAAACAAGGUUCAUGGUGGACUUAGGCCACACAAAUGGUCUCAAGCUUGCAUACACUACACCAAAAAAAAGAGUGGUUAAGUUGGACAUAGAGGACAUUGAUGAUGUUAAAGAAACCUGGGGGUAUUGUCUUGUGGAGCUAUGCACGGGUACUUGUGGAGAUAGACAUCUCCAAGGAUCGAGAGUAUGCCAUUCAAGUGGAAACUCCCCACGAUUCUUCCUUUGUCCAAUAUGUGGUCAUGAAUGCGUGCCUCAUUAUUGCAAUCAUUGUAAUCGCAUAGGCCACCCACCAUCUAAAUACAACAUUUUCCCUAUGGAGUCCAAGGAGAAAAAGAGUUGUGCCCAACCAGAGAAACAAACAGCAGCAGAAGACAAAGGGGUCACCAAGGCAACUAAGAGGCAUCACCAACAUUCAACCAAUAAGUCAUCCGGGGACAAUGAGUCACUCAAGAAGGUUGGAGACCAGCCCCUUGAGAAGGAGAAAACACGUGACAACGCGCAACUUUCUAAAGCCGAGGGUAAAAGGCAAAUGGAAUCCAAUGAACCUGAAGAGGAACAAAGGCUCGUACUAGCUCAAGCCAGUGAAGCCGGCAGUAAUGUGGACAUGAGCUCACAGCCCACCAAAGCCGAGGGUAUAACGCCUAAGGGAACCAGUGGACUUGCAAAGGAACAAGGGCUGGAACUAGCCCAUGAUUACGAUGACGAGUAUCAGCCCUUUCAAGUG